AUGGCGAUAGCUAAAGCUGUCUCAGCAUCAAAGACAGCUCCUCCAGCGGUACCGAGGAAGACCCGAACAGCUGCAGCAUCAAAAACAAGAGAUGCAGAUGAAUUAGUGGAAGGAUUAGGCAAGUUGAGUAUAGCUCAGCCUACCCAAACCGUCAAGCGAGUCACAAGAGCUGCUCCAACGGCGAGUAGUAGCUCCGCGCGUCCUACUCCUACUACCACGACAAAGAAGGCCACCACAACUGUCGACAAACCAAAGAUAGCUACAAUUUCAGCUCACGUGCCGACAGCUGGUCGAAGUACGGCUGCAAGUGUGAAAACAAGCGCAAAGGGUAAAGGGAAAGCUUCGACCUUGGAAGAUACAUUUCCAUGGGCUCGACCGUCUUUAUCAUCUGAUGAACCCAUAUUGAAACCUAUCGAUAGAGUCAGAGCAGCUAUGCAAGCUGUCAAUACCUCUUCUAAAUCUUUCUCAUCAGCUGUAUCGUCAGGUUUCCGAUAUAACUCUCCAACAUCGUCAUCGUCAACUUCACCCUCAGUCGCACCAAUAGCAAAAGACGUGGAGGAACCAUGGACCGAUGCAAAAAUAGAUCAUCUGGUAGAGACAUGUCAAAUCGGUUUCAGAGUUUUGAGGGAGCUGGAUCAAGAAGGUCAUUUACCGGGCAAAGCUGAAGAUGUGGAAAGAAGCGUAAUGGCUGUAAUGGGCAAAUGUAUUUCACUGGGAAUGUAUCGGAAAGCUAUGGAAAUUCUGACAGAUGCUCGUCUCGCUCAACUACGCUUAUACACGCCUCGCCCUAUGCCAAAAACACCAGCGCCGUCAGUCACGUCAACAUCAACUAUUCCUAAAGGACAAUUCAGCACAUCCACAAUAAUGAAUACAACAGUGCUCAAAGACACUUCCGCUCGUCCUCGUUUGAUUCCAUCGACCAAGGUCAAAUCACCCUCGGAAGUUCUAUCACGAGAAUGGUUGGAUGCGGCAAGGCUGCCGGCUCCUGAAAAAGGAUCGAACUUGUCAGAAGUGGUCAAGGGAAUAUUGUUCUCGGCUAUCAUGGGAAGCUGGAUAUGUUUAGUCAGUUUAAGUAAGGAUCCAGAAGUGCUUCUGCCUGUUCUUACUCUCCCUCUGCAGAAUUCUUCUGAAGAGGAGCUUCAUCCACUCAUUUUAGCACUUUCACUUCCUCGAAAUUCGAUUAUAGUCUCACUGCGUACUUUCUAUCGCCAAGUCGGCUCUUUGACACUUUCUCCUGGAUCAAGGCCUUACCUACGUAUUCGACAUUUGUCUCUACUAGCAAUGGGUAUUACCAUAUCUCCUUCUCCCGAUUCAAGGCCGAACCUCGAGCAGUAUUGGGAUACAGUUCAUCGAUCGAUUUUGACUUUCGUAAAAGAGGAUGAAGAAAAAGAGAGGCUUGCAGACGCCGCCAGUACCAUCGGUCAAGUGGUCGAUUUUAUCGAGAUUAUGGUAGAGAAGAGGAAAGAAAAAGGAUGGUUCGAAGGGAAAGCUUGGUUCGGACUAGUUGAGAUGUGGAUCGGAAUAGGAAGAAGGCUGGGCAACUCGGACAUAAUUGAUAAACCACUCUCACUUCUGACUGCGCCAACUUCCAUUGAUAGUUCUUCGUCGUCUCCCCCGCACCAAGUAGAACCGUCAACGCCACCGUCUUCUUCAUCAAUCGCUGUACUUAAAACCCCAAUUUCAAAGAGCAGUGUAAGGAAGAUCAGGAAUCCCGAAGGGGAGAUAGCAAGGAUUUGCGGUGAUUUGGCUAAAGCAAAUUUGACUAUCGACAAGUUAUUGUCUGCCCAGUCAGCUUCUCCGCCUAAUUCAAUCACAGGACUUGGUUCUGAUGAACUCAUAUUCCUCGCUCAGUCUAUAGCAUCUUUGUCUGACCAAGAAGAGCCCAUACCGACAGCUGGAAAAGCCAUAAGAGCCUUCGAACGGGUGAGAAGGUGCUGCUCGAGGUUAUUGAUCAGAUACUUGCAACCUGAUGCAUCAGAAGCUUGCAGAGACGUUGCAGGAGAGAUCAAAAUAUGGAUGGAAAAGUCCAUCGAAUUUGUGGAGAUCGUUAUAGAGGCUUCUGUUUUGGAUUCGACUUUGACGAAAGAACUGCUUUCAUCAGUGGUCGAUACUACUGUUAGAAUUUUUCAGCCUCCUGCCGGAACAUACUUCACUUCUCUACAAUAUCUAACACGAGCUCGAGUUGUAUUCGACCGAACUGCAUCCCUGAUCGAAGAUGUGGAUAAAUCAGAAUGGUUACGGUGUUUGUCGGCGUUUGCGUACAAUGGUACAGCUCACUAUUAUCGUCUAAAUCAGAUUGACGAAGCUCUACCACUGUCAAGAAUCAGUUGUCAAUGGGGUGUAGAGGCGAUGUCAUUGCAUACAUAUGAUCUAACAGAUAAAGAUGAUAAGCCUUUCUCGCAAUUGAGAGAGGGUAUGAGUAAACGAUGGGAACUGUUGGCGAGUUGUUACCAGCGUGAAGGCAAAAAAGAUGAAAUGUUCACUGCGUUCUCGAACGUUUUCACUUUCCAGACUCCUUCGAUACUCUCGCAUAUAGCCGCAUCUUCCUCAACAAAACCGAUUGAAGCAGUAUUUGAACCUUUGACAGAAAUCAAGAACUCGCUAGUAAGACUGGCCAAUCUAAUAAUGUAUGAACCUGCACUAUAUAUCUCUCACGGAAAAGAGCUCGUACAAUCAAUGAGGCAAUCCUCGUGUCCAACCAAUGCAAUCGGAGCGAUAGGAGAGAAAUUAUUGAGUCUAUUAGAGCAAGGAGAAGGGAGAGAACAAAGUGCAAAAGUCAGUUUGGAGAUCGCGGACGCAAUCUUAGAAGUAUACGGAGAUGAGUAUCCCAUCAGGAGACUAAGAUUACUGGCUAAAAUGAUGAGUACAAUCUUGACCUCUGGGCAAGCAAUGGAUCGCCUCCCACCGCUCGUGGAAGAGGUCGAUAGAUUGUCCGAUCGAACAGAUCUUUGCGAAGACAAUUCACUUUCACCUUUCAAAUCGGAAUACAUCUCGUAUACUUUGAUUCUUCGAGCAAUGCAAGCUUAUCAUACAUCUCCUCAUCCUUCCAUGGAAGUAAUUGAAUCGAGUAAGAAAGCUGUUGAAAAUCUAAGGGGUAUCGUUCUUCCUCCUACCAAACUUUCGACUCUCGGUCCAUCAACCGAAAGUGCCGACAAUGCGCCCAAAAAGAAAGUCCCUCUGGGCAGAAGUACCACUACAAAAGCUGUACCCGCUAGACCAACCAGAGGAACUAGUAGAACAGUAUCGGAACCCAAGAAAGUUGUAGGCAAGAAGCCUCUCGCUAAAUCGACCACCGCGACUGUUGCGAACAAGUCGAAGAGGAGAUCUAGUAUAAUUCUACCCUUGGUGUUUGAUGACCUAAAGCGCCUUACCAGGUUACUAGGUUCGUUGGCCACCCUUUUGGGAUUGCUCGGUCACUCUUUACAACAGAUCGAAGCUUUGAAAUUGCUGCGAGCUUUCCAAAGGAACAGAGAGGACUUGGUUGAUGAUUAUGUCCUACGGUCUGCCCAAUUGGCUACCGAAUACCAAAAAUUAGGUAAAAUCUCGAGAGCGGGAUUAGUAUUUUCUCAAGCUCAAAAAGUAAUGGAUAAUUCAAACGCCCUUGUUUCGACGAGCGUGAAAGUAGAGUUAGGCUUGAGAUAUGCUUCUUACCUCGCCUUCAAAGGGGAUUUCAUGAAAGCCCAAGAGGUGUACUCGGAGGCUGCAAUAAUGGAGUCCGAAACCGAAGCGAGUAAGAUUGUUAGCUCUAUGGCGAAAGCUGUGGAACGCUGUGAAAAGCUCGAAAGGACGGCUUGGGCAAGAAGGGCCGCUGCUUCUAUAUACGCUGCUCAAGGCAAUGCCGCGGCCGCAAUAACACAUUUGUCGGCUUCGUUUCGCUUGUUCAUUCGAGCUGCUGAUGCUAUCUGUCGACUUGCACCGAAUCAAGCUUCCGCCGAACCUAGUAAUCCAAUUUCAGAAGAUGACCCGUUUUCUGCUCCACCACCGCAAGCUAAGAAAUCUGUGGCUGAUGCUGCAGACGAGCCCUCCAAAGACUCAAAAAUCGCAGUACCAUCACAAACCACACAUUUUUCCGGCAAACACUUGCAUGCUUUGCAAUGGCGAAUCGCGUCUUCGCUUCUCACAACGACCUUUGACGUAGCCAAUGCUCUCGCAUAUAGAGGUACAGUCAGAGACACUCAAUACUUCCUAAAUAUAGCUGGCAAUAUAGCUGAAUCAGUGAAGAGCGAUGUGAUCAAAGCUAGAGUCGGUGCCAAAGAAGCUGAAUUGUUUUUCAGAAUGAGGAAAUGGGAUGAAAUGGGUGAAAAAUUAGAACUAGCUGCUGCCUCCCUUAAUACCAUCGAAGGUCCAGAUAUGAUCGAUCUGAAUGUUCUCAAAGGAGACCUGUAUUCACGUACUGAGAUGGUCGAAGAGGCGGAAGUCGUUUUUCAAACUACUUCGAAAGAAAUUGAAGGUUUAGAUAGAGUCUUUGUGGCAAACGAAGCUGUUUUGCCUACACCGAAGAAGAAUGUUUUGCUCACGGCUUCCACUUCUAGUGUCAGAGCUAGCUUAACGAAUAGUAAAAUUCCUCAGGGAAGAGAACCAAUUUUGCCCACUACUCUAGCUCAUGUGUUGCGACAACAUGCUUGGCUCCUGAAAGAGGCUGGGUCGAAAGAAGAAUGCGAGGAAUUGUUACUACAAAUUAAGGGGCUGCCGUCGUCAACGCAGACGAAAGCGGACGAACUUCUCCUGGAAGGGCGAAUUGCGCUCCACGAAGCUUUCAAUACUUUCAAGACUGAUUUGUUCAUGAGUUCUUUAACUGAAUCUGCCGUGGCCAUGCCAAUGGGGGCUCCAACGAAACGAGUCGUAGAUCGGCAAUCCACUCGACAAAGUAUACAGUCCGUUCUCACUCGAGCAGAAGAAGCCUUUUUGUCAGCACUUUCGCUCGUUUCUGGUAGUGGCAAAAUUGAGGAUAUCAGACAAGCGUGCCUUGCCUUAGCCCUACUUAGAGCUUUCCAAACUUCUCUUGGACAGGGAAGCGAGGAGGUCACAGCUGCAGCCGCUGGUAUGCUAGCAUCGAGUUCGUCGAUCACCCUCCAUCGAGAACUCCUGGAGGCCAUAGAAUCUAAAUUCGUCGAUGCGGCCAGUGUUUCGCUCGAAUGGCACUCGUUCUCUUGCCCGACUGCUGAAACCAAAAUGGAUGGGGAUGAUUCCAUCGAAAUCUGCACAGAAGAUCUGGACGAUCACAAUGGGAAAUUGAGAUCGUAUUGGGAGAUGGUCAAAGCCAAGUAUCUAUCCAACCCAUUGCUUCCGGUCGACUCCUCGUCACUGAAUAGUCUACCCACUGAAUGGGCAGUAAUAUCGAUCAAUGUGACCGAUGAUCACAAUACAAUGUUCAUAUCUCGACAUCAACGUAAUCAUCAACCUAUAGUGUUCUGUCUACCGCUUGAUAGACAAAGUAGAAGGGAAGGUGAAGAUGAUUUAUGGACAUUCGAUUCUGCUUUGGCAGAAUUGGAAGGCAUCAUCAAGUCGAGUGAUGAAGGUGCUAGAGCAGCUAAAACACUCACGGAAAGAGAAGACAAAUUGGCUUGGUGGGAGAACAGAUUCGCACUGGAUAGGAAGUUGAAAGAAUUAUGUGAGGGGAUAGAAUUCGUUUGGCUAGGUGCAUUCAAGACUAUCUUUAGUCCACGUCUACCAGAUUCCCGCGAUCUCAUCGUCGACCUCCGAGACCGUUUGGAAAAGAUUUUCAGUUCUGCUCUCGCAUCCACCAGUGGAGGUAUCAAGAACCCUCGGUCCAAAACAGCUGCUCCUAAAGUAGAACUAGAUGAUGCGUUACUUGAAUGUUUCGUAAAUCUCAAUAGCAAGUGCAAGGACGAAGAAGUGGAAGAUUUGGUAUAUUUCAUUUUGGAUGUUUAUCAAUUUCAUGGUGUACCUGUCGCUUUGUCAGAACUUGAUAUCGAUCAAAUCUCCAUCGAUGUCAAAGCAGCACUGGAGAAGAUAGAAACAAGAAUUGCACUUUCAGGAUUAUUAUCCUCAGCUAAAGAUGAACAUAUAUUCUUAGCGUUAGACAAGAAUGUUCAACCUUUCCCUUGGGAAUCGAUUCCUAUACUCCGAGGUAGACCAAUCAGUAGGAUACCAUCUUUAUCAUUCUUGCUGGAUCAAGUAGCUAUGGGCAAUCAUCUACGACCAUCUCUCACCCAAAGCACAAUCGCCCCUCCCGCCUCGGCCGCAUCUGGAGGACAGGUGGAUAUGAGACGUGCGAUCAACUCACGAAGAACCUUUUACAUCCUCAAUCCAAGUGGUGAUUUGGUCAAGACUGAACAGCAUUUCAAAGCUUGGAUAGAUCAUAUGGUCGAUAAAGCAGGAUGGAAAGGUAUUAUAGGUAGACCUCCGACUGAAUUGGAGUUGACAGCCGCUUUGAAGGAUUACGACCUUGUACUGUACUUCGGUCACGGAGGUGCAGAACAGUAUAUCCGAUCACACAAAAUCAGAAAUCUGCCUCAAUGUGCCACCACAAUGUUAUGGGGUUGUUCGUCAGGUCUUAUGAAGGAACAAGGCGAUUUCGACAGGACAGGUACUGCAUGGAAUUAUAUGAUUGGAGGCUGUCCAUCACUCGUGGCGAAUUUAUGGGAUGUGACAGAUCGAGAUAUCGAUCGACUAUCUUCACACGUAAUCAAAUUACUUCAUCUUGAUCAAGCACAUAUACCUAAGUCGAAAGAUCGGUCAAACACACUAUUACCUUUAUCGGAAUUAUCAACUGUUCAAGCUGUAAAUCUGUCAAGAGAGGAAUGUAAAUUGAAAUAUAUGACGGGGGCAGCGGUCGUGGUUUAUGGAUUACCCGUCUGGAUGCACUAG